AUGGAUCAAGCCCGCGCACACCACCGCAAAAUCAGCUUUGCUGACCUUGAGCGAACCUUUCGCGCUGCAGGUCCUAUGGUCGCUCCUCCCCAUCAAGCGCACGCCCAGCAACCCGCUUUGACCCAGUCGCAAUUACAACAGCAGCAUCUCGAGAACAUCCGGCGCCAAGACAUUGCGCGCCGGCAGGCCAAGAAGCCGACCGACCGCGAUAUUCCGGACGAGAUCAACGAGGCCAUUGUUGGAGAUGGAGUCGAUCGCUACAAGAAGUUGCGCGAUGUGGAGAAGAGGCUGGACGCGGUCAUGAUGCGCAAGAGGCUGGACAUCAGCGAUAAUCUACAGCAACGCUACACCCGGAGAGAAGGCAUUCUGCGGAUAUGGAUCUCAAACACAGCCGAAGGACAACCGUGGCAGGUCGUGGAGGAAGGCACAGGCAACGAGGACGGCAUGUUCGAGCUUGGGGAGAGUCAGGCUACGUUUCGCGUGAAGAUCGAAGGCCGGCUGCUGGACGACCCAGAGGAUGACGAGGAGGACGAGCGCCCGCCGGCCCACAGGCCACGCCUCAGCCAUUUCUUCAAAUUCAUGACCAUCGACUUCGAUCGCAAUCCAAAUCUCCAGCCCGAUGGGUUUAGCCAAAUCGAAUGGCGGAAGCCGCAACCGACGCCGCAGAACCCGAACAUCGAUCCUCACAGCCCUGAAGUCUCCUUUGACACACUUGAGUUCACUCGCAAAGCCGACGAAAACAUCAAUGUCACAAUCAACCUGACCCGCGACGAGAAGACCGAGCGGUACAGGCUAAGCCCGGAACUUGCCGAGAUUCUGGACACCGAAGAAGAAGACCGUGCGGGUGCCGUGCAAGGCAUUUGGGAGUACUGCAGAGCGAUGGGCUUGCAGGAAGACGAUGACAAGCGCAAGAUUAUCUGCGACGGACCGCUACGGAAGGUGAAACGGUGUCUGUCGCGAUCUUGAUGUUAUCAGUAGGUACUGACUGGCCUUUACAGGUGUUCAACCAAGAACAAAUUUACUUCCCAUACGUGCCAGAUAUGCUGGUGCCACACAUGCAUCCUAUUCCGCCAGUGCAACUUCAAUACACUAUUCGGGUCGACAAGCCAUAUAUCACAGGUACCAAAGAUCCAGAAUCUCCAUCAGAGGACGAGAACGAGGAGGAGCUCAAGCCAAGCCGGCCUACUGUUUACGACAUCCGCGUUCCAUUGCCAAACCCACUCAAGCACCAGCUGCAACGAUUUCAAUCAUCCAAAUCUCACAUCGGGGAUCUCCAGACCAUAGUGAGAACCGACGAUGAUCUCGCGCUGCUCGUUCAGAAGAUUCAUCAGACCAACGCCAAGCGGAAGUUCUACGACAACCUGGCCAAAGACCCAACAUCCUUCAUCAAGCGCUGGAUCAGCAGUCAGCAACGUGAUCUUGAGGUAAUACUAGCCGAAGCAACACGUGGUGGAGGCGAAGACGUGAUGAACGAGGAGUGGCGCCGCGGUGGCGCUGAUGGAGUUUGGGGAUCUGAGCUGGCACGGGAAAGCGUUGGUCUCUGGCUUGCACGCAAUUCGAAGGCGGGUCACUAG